ACACAAAUUGUAAGGAUGUAUCAAAAUAUGAAUUCUAUCUUUAACAAAAGUUUGAUAUUUAAAAAUGAACAAUGGAUAUUACAGAAGCCUAUGAGCCUUUUAACAGAGUGUAUAACACCAGAAUUAAAAGCAAUAGAAACAGCUGGUACUUGGAAAAACGAACGAAUAAUUGCUUCACCUCAACGAACGCGAAUUAAACUAAUAAAUGGAGUAGAAGCUCUCAAUUUUUGUGCAAAUAAUUAUCUGGGUUUAUCGGAUAAUAAAGAAGUUAUUUCUGCUGCAAAAUUAGCUUUAGAUAAAUAUGGAGCUGGUUUAAGCUCUGUAAGAUUUAUAUGUGGUACUCAAGAAAUUCAUGUAGAAUUAGAAAAGAGAAUAGCUCGAUUUCAUGGAAGAGAAGAUGCUAUUCUUUAUGCAUCAUGUUUUGAUGCAAAUGCUGGACUCUUUGAAACAUUAUUAACACCUGAGGACACUGUAUUGAGUGAUGAACUCAAUCAUGCCUCUAUCAUUGAUGGUAUUAGAUUGUGUAAAGCAAGGAAACAAAGGUACAAGCAUAGGGAUAUGGAAGAUUUAGAAAAUAAACUGCGGGAUAGUAUGUCUUCACGUUUACGUCUCAUUGCGAGUGAUGGUGUUUUUUCUAUGGAUGGUACCAUUACACCAUUGCCAAAAAUACUAGAACUUGCAAAGAAAUACAAUGCCUUUACUUUUGUGGAUGAUUGUCAUGCUACUGGAUUUUUUGGAAAUAAUGGGAGAGGCACUGAAGAUUAUUUUCACCAAUUGGGAAGUAUCGAUAUCAUUAAUUCCACAUUGGGCAAAGCACUUGGUGGAGCAGCAGGCGGUUAUACAACUGGUAAAAGAGAACUCGUUAAUUUGUUAAGACAACGUAGCAGGCCAUAUUUAUUUUCGAAUUCGUUACCGCCUCCCGUAGUCGCGUCAGCAAAUAAGGUCAUGGACCUAAUAACAAACUCUACAGAAUUUCUGGAUAAACUGAACAGCAACACUAAUCUGUUCAGAAAUAGCAUGAAAGCAGCAGGUUUCACAAUUAGCGGUGGUAAUCAUCCAAUAUGUCCUGUUAUGAUAGGUGAUGCGAGAUUAGCCACUGUAUUUGCUGAUAAGAUGAUUGAGCAAGGAAUUUAUGUUAUUGGUUUUAGUUAUCCUGUAGUACCAAAGGAUACAGCACGAAUACGAGUUCAGAUUAGUGCUGCACAUUCACAGGCAGACAUAGAGCAUGCUACAAACGCGUUCAUACAUAUUGGAAAAGAACUUGGAAUUAUUCACUGA